GCAAGAGUCUCAUUUUGGUGCAUCUCCUUGGAUGGGAUCUUGGCGAGGUCGAAUUCAACGAAUCUGGUUCACACCAAUUUUCGAUCAGUUAGCCGAUUGCCGAAGGAAAUGGAUGUUGUUGGUAAGGCCAGCUAUGGUAGGCGUGGGAAGCCUAAUUUUCAAGCCGACAAAGGGGCUCUAGUUCCCUUAAUGAAUUUCGACAGCAUGGGUUUGAAGAGGAUCGAUAAAGAUGGGAACAUGAUUGGGAGUAUACGAAGGUGACUGGGGGUCCUUGUGCUUGUUAGGAGAAGGCCUAUACCUUCUUGGUUGUUCUUCUUUAAGAACAAAUAGGGCAGCAACUUAUGGAUUGGGGACUGUUUGUUUUUGGAAUCCCUUGCUCUCCCCAAUUAACUGGUUAAAUAAAUGAGGAUGUCUAGU